CGAAGGGCCAGGCGCUCUCCGGAGCCUCCUCGCCUGGCGUCACUCGCGCCAGCCCCGGCACCGCCGCCCGCCCGCCUCCAUUGUAUAAUGCAGCCCGAGCGCCGCAGCCCCGGCAGGGCAGCCCGCCGCGCUUGAAGCCGCCCCCAGCCCAGCCCAGCCCAGCCCAGCCCCCCGCGCGCGCCCCUCGCCGCAUGGAUCGGGCGCAAGCCUAGGGGAGCGCCACCGGCCGCCGCCGCCGCUGCAGCAGCACAGCCACCCCCAUGCUUUAGUUCCCGGGCCGGGGAGCGGAGGGGAUAUAUGUUGGGGAAAGGAGGAAAGCGGAAGUUUGAUGAGCAUGAAGAUGGGCUGGAAGGCAAAGAGGUGUCUCCUGCUGACGGUCCAUCGAAGGUGUCGUACACCUUACAGCGCCAGACUAUCUUCAACAUUUCCGUUAUGAAGCUCUACAAUCACCGGCCGCUGACGGAGCCCAGCCUGCAAAAGACAGUUUUGAUCAACAACAUGCUGAGGCGAAUCCAGGAGGAGCUCAAGCAAGAGGGCAGCUUGCGGCCCAUGUUCAUCACCCCUUCACAGCCGACGGAUAUCCUGGGAGACAACUUCCGAGAAGUCCAGCCCGCCUUCAGUCACCUGGCCUCCCUUCCGGUCCAUCCUGCCGACUCCGCCAGCGCUACGCCGUUGGAGUCCUGCCUCACCCCGGCCUCGCUCCUGGAGGACGACUCGUUUUGCACUUCCCAGACCCUCCCCCAAGAUGGGCCCACAAAGCCACCGACGCCCCCACCUGUAAAGGACAGUUUCUCCUCAGCCUUGGACGAAAUCGAGGAACUCUGUCCAACACCUACCUCCGCUGAGGCAGUAGUAGCUGCAGCAGCAGCAGAAACGACGGAAUCGGAUCACUCUAAGGAGAACUCCAGCGAAUCUGCCCUCCAGAAGCCCGAGGGGUUGCAGGAGAGCCGGAUCAACGAACCGCGGCUCAUGGAUUCUUUACCGGGCAAUUUUGAGAUCACGGCAUCUACAGGUUUCCUUACAGACUUGACCUUGGAUGAUAUUCUCUUUGCUGACAUAGAUACUUCGAUGUAUGAUUUCGAUCCUUGCACGUCUGCUACGGGGGCUGCCUCAAAAAUAUCCCCCGUCUCCGCAGAUGACCUCUUAAAAACUCUAGCACCCUACAGUAGCCAACCAGUUACCCCCAAUCAGCCUUUCAAAAUGGACCUCACAGAACUGGAUCACAUAAUGGAGGUUCUGGUUGGGUCUUAAAAGAUAUAUAGCAACUUUUUUUUUAAUGUACCAGUAUAAACACUCGGUAGUAUUUUUUUCAACUGGCCCCCCUUCCGAGUCUACUCAGAUACACACGCGUACAAACACAGACACACUGUGCAUGUGGUCAAUGCUUGUCUUUUGUUUUGUUUUGUUUUUGUUUUUAAAAGAAAAGGGUCCUAUUAGUUUUUGCUUCAAGCAGAAUCGGAGUGCCUUCAUCCAUGUACGGCCCACUUUUAGAAGUGGUUCCUCAAGGAAGACCUGAAAUCCUGAUAUAGGAUAAAAAUGCAUAAUAGUAGACAAUAUUGAUAUGUCUGACAAAAAAAGAGAAAUAAUUGUAAAAGCUAAGCACAAGGAUUAUGUUGGGAAAAGGCUGUAAAUUGCAUGUGCAUAUGUGUCUAUUUUUUCUAUAAGUUUUAUUGCAAGAGGUUAAAAUAUUAUUUAGAUAAUCGCAGUACCCUCCUUGACAUUUUAUCCCUGUUUAGGUUGAUUUAGCAAUUCAGCCUUUUUUUUUUAGAGGUAUUAAUGAAUCCUCUUUAAAUGUUGCAUUUACAUGGCUCUUUAGAAAACUGCUACCCAAAUUCAUUUUAUAUUUUUGUACAGAUUCUGCAAUUUAUGAUAUUUGGGGGGGAGGGGGAUCUUUUUCUUAAAAAAAAAAAGGAAAACAAAAACGAAAUGCUGUUUAUACACACGAAACAUGCACACAGAAAGAAAUUGCUAUUUUGGUAGGGUUUGCUCCUCUGGUUCCUGCAUCUACCGCCCCCUCCCCCGCCCCCCGGUUCUGUUGCACAAGAACUGCUUAUAGUUUUCUACAAACUGGUAGUGUUUUUUUUCUAUGCGUCUAUGAUGCAAAGAGAAAUUUGGAUCAAAUCUAUCUGCGCUUGGCCUCCCUGAAUCUAGGCAUGCAUGCUUCAAGGAAAAAGGCCAAGGGGAUUUUGCCCUAAAAAAAGUUUCACAGAUAUUUGCUACCUUCUGCCUACUACUGUGAUUUAAAACUCAGAGCCGUUCACGUUGCCACCCUGAUGUCAAAAAGUUGGCAGGAAAUAGCUGUGAAACUUUGUUCUCGUUAAAAAAACUCUUCUCUCCAUCCCACCCGCUCCCAAAAACCAAAAUCGAGGAUGAAGGCUGCUUGUUUUUUAAAAAAAAAAAAUCCAGAAACUAGGCAAUUAAAAAAACCCAUUUAAACACCAGAUUUAGCCACAACCCACACAACCCACUUUAAGCCUGCUUAAAGCCACAGAUACCAGCGGGCUUACGUCUGCUUAACUCUGUGUUAAAAUUUCUGGAGUGCCUCUCUUUUCAGAAUGCCUUGAGGUAGCGGCCUGCCGUUUGGUUUUCUAUCAAAAACGUAACCACCAAAGCAGUCUGGUGAAGUCGCUGGAGUUCCCUGCCACCCCCCACCCCUCCCCCCCCCCCCCCCAGAAAACAUUUCUGCUCAGGCCAUGUUUUAGCUACGCUUCCUUGAAAGAACGCUGCAUUGAAAUCCCGUGGAACUUCCUUCCACGGAAUAUCUGUGCAGGACCGGGAGGGAAAUCCACGGCGGUGUAAUUUUAUUCUACCGUAUGCCUUCUGAACGAGUCUUUACGAUUCUCCUUCCCCUUCUUGGGAACCUUUUGCUGUUCACUGUGUUGAAAAGUACUGGUAGAGUAUUACUGCAGUGAAUUCAUCUCUUCUCAGCACUGGAUGGACGGACACGUGCUGGCGUCCACCGCUGUCAAAACUGGAGUUCAGGCAUACUACAGACAUUCGGGCAUCUCCUGGACAGCUGAUUUUGUCAAUCAGCCGCAUUAUCUGCUUUACAUUUUAUAAAAGGCCUGUUUGAUGUAUAGACAAUGCAACUUUCUAUGCAUGUCGCCUGCCAUUGAAAUUCCUGCACCAGUUGCUAUGUCCUGUUCCCCCCCCCCCCCCAAUACGCACCCGUAUUCAUCAUGAUGUACAUUUAUUUUCCAAGAAAACUCGCAAUGUUAUCAUGCCUUCUGCUGAAUUUGCUCCGGCAUAGUAAUUGUUUUUAAAAAUGGUACUUAAUUGAGUACAGGUUACAAACUAUAUUGUUGACAUGCAUAUGUACGGCUUCUUUAGGAGUAACUUUUUUAUAUUUAUUUAAAUAAAUUUUUAAAUUAUGUUUUAUGUAAUUUGGCAAUAUUCAGUCCGCUCUGCUCCCUUCUGGCCACGGAUGAAAAUCAAAAUUGGGUCUUGUCCGCCUUUAAGAAGGCGGCUGCGCAAAACCGGCACUUUAGAACUGGCCAUGUGUAUAUAUUUAUUACGAUACACAGUAUGUAUUAUGUUAUAAGCGUAGAUGUAGGAGGUAGAGGAUAAAAAAAAAGCAGCCGGGUCAAAGGUGCGUGAAAUUCAGGAAACAGAGGGUGAAACGUAAUUAUGUAAAAUUCAGAUUUGAUGGCGAAAAAUACAGGGAUCAGUCAGUAGUUUUGUUAAGCUGGUUAACGCCUUUAAGGGCUAGGGAGGCGGACGUUUUGCUUCGCUAUUUAACAUGCGGAUUUGAAUUGUACAUAAUUACUGUACUGACUCGAAAGGAAGGUGACCCUGAGUGUAAGACGAGAUCCUAAAAAAGUAUGACACACGCACACAUAAAAUUACUAUUGGACAGAACGAUAGUCUGUAUGUGAAUGUAAGACAUACAAGCACCCUUUUUAUUGCAUACAUAGCCAAAAAAAAAAAACCAUCACAAAAAAACAAAACCCCAAACAUGCCUCGUCUUGCAUUUGAGCAAAUACAGUCCAUUUUGCCUCGCACUUCCUGUUUUCCUGGCACCUUUGACCUUACUGAUUGUUGUUUCCUUCCUUUGCAUAGUAUGGCAGGAAUAGUGAGGAUUGGCUCACUGCACCCAGAGUUCACAGAACCAUCUGCUCGGGGGGGUGGGGGGUGGGGGGGGGGCUCCUUUUAGUCUUACGUCCUUUUGCAAAAGACUAAUCCUGCAACUCCCUUCAGAAUUACUCUGCUGGUCCCUCCAGAAUUAUUCUUGUUGUUUUUAUUUAUUUUCUUUAAAAAAAGAUGCAAUCAUGCAAUAACUGAAGCGCACCGUCAUUGCGAGCGGUGCCGCCCAGAGAGUUCUGGUUACAAGCCGCGUUGCCCCAUUUAGACGGCAGGCUACUUCCAAGCCAGGCCUCCGUCCUGCUCUCGAACGCGCCACCUGGCACUUAGAGCGUGACAGGAGUAACUUGAUAGCAGUGGAACCCAAGCACUGUCAUCUGCCCCAAAUACCCGCUAGUUGUUUUGGGCACGUCCGUCGGUCUGAAAAGGGAAAAAGGAAGCCCAAACACCCUCCCAGUUUACAAAAGCUUUAACUGCAUCUGGCUACCAGCCAAAUGGCCAUUUGCAAGCUCAAAGGCAGCCAUGCAAGAACAAAGGGUCAUAUCAGGAUUUGCAAUAUUUAGGAAUAAUUGGGUUAUUGCAUAGCUCAACUUAUCCGAAAGCCCAUCUCUGCUGGUGGAAUUGGGGAGUUAAGUAAAAGAACCCCUGCAGCAAACAUGUGAUUGUUGCGGGCGGGGGGAAAGGCAUUUUUGAAAACCUAACAAACACGGUUUUGCUGUUGUUAAAAUCAAAUUUUAUACUAACUUAAAAACAACUGCCCUUUUCUUUGGUUUAGCUAAUUGCGCAUUUAAACCAAUACCACAUGUUGGGCAAGAGUUCAAAUAAAGACUCUUUAAAAAAAUCAAAAAAAAA